AUGGACUCUCCAACUGCACCCUCAGAAGGUAUUUAUGCUUCUUUGCCAGGCUUGAAUCAGCCCACUCCUCAAAACAAUUCUGAAUCCUCUUCUUCGCAGCCUGUUAUGGGUCAUGGUCUGGGGCUUACACCUCCCCCCGGGUCACAGCUUCAGCAGGAUCGAAACCACCUUCAAGACCUGCAGCUUGAUCUGCAGGGCCUCGGAGAUCUGGGUGACUUCCUUGACUUGCCAAUAGAUCAUGAUGUAGAUCUGAACGGGAUCGACCAGUUCUUUCAUGAUUUCGGGGCCUCUGACACGCCGGUUUUGCAGAAUCAUCUUCGUCGGGACUCCGAACCUAGCAACACUAGCCCAGCUAUCGAAAUCGCCGACACACAGCGUCCAGACGUCGUGUCGGAAGAGCAUCGUCCAUCCCCCGCGAAUGCCGAGCCAAAAACAUCUGCAAGUUGUCUUGCUGGAUACCGACCAAUAGCUCCGAUGCCCACGACGGGAGAUGUGAUGAAACGCACAGCUCAUGAUUGUGGUUUUGGGAACAGCGGGGAGAACUCUAACCACUUUAACCAAGGUAUUGAUCACGGCCCGAAAAGACCCUGUUUUCGCAAUUCUGCCGGUCAUCAUACUGCAGCUUCUGCUCAGAUUCAAAAUCUUUCUUUGCCGGAUGCUAGGAGAUAUUUUUCUAGCAAUGCUGCAAGUUCAGCACCCGGUCUGCAGGGGAAUACCCCACAAGCUCAAUCCACUUCGACACUUAAGGAUGCUACUCUAUCCUCAGGUUCGAGUUCGACAUCUGGAUUUGUUGCUCUUUCUGUUGAAACGAGGGACGUUACCAACACCAGCCGGACAAACUCCGUGGCACUGUCAUUGCCCCCAUUCAGCCCCAAUACAAUGACUCCUUCUCUCCCAACAGAUUUAGAUACGACUAGCUCACGACGUGAGUCCUCGAUCGAUUCCCUUUUCGACGACCAUGACAGCACGACAACACCAAACCAGCUGGUGAACCCGAAGGCCACUUCACCUCUGCCAUUUCCGUUUGUAUUUCCAUGCCCACCCGACAAAACGAAUAACUCUAUAUCUGAGCACAUAAAAAAAGUGUGUCAAAUCACGGAGUCGGACCUUCUUGUAACUCAAUAUCGAGAAGCUGCAUGGUCCUUUCGUCAGCCUCCAAAAUACAUUUCCCCAUACCCCAAACCUGGAGGAGAUCUAGGCUACCUUCCAUCUUCUCCAUAUCUUCACGUUAAAUUUAUCAAGGCAUCAGACAGCGAGGUCGCCACGAGUUUAGAGGAGUGUCGUAAAAAGUUGCGUCUUUGCUCAUCUGAACGCGACAAAUUUUCGAAAGAGCUUCAAGUGUAUACUCAUAUUGACCCGGUGACAAAGAAGAGCCAGCUGCAGAUGUUGAAAGAUGAACUUAAACAUCGAAAGCGAGCUGCAACGGAUGCUCGAAAACGGGAAACUCAGGCCAAAGAAGAGGCGACUUUUUGGAAGAAACAAUACACGGCUGUGGCUCAAUCUUACAACCAGAUGUGCACACAGUUUCAUCAGCUGCGACGAUUUGCACACGACAUGCAAACUCAACUUCAACGAGUUUCCCAGCUAAGCCCGAUGGCAAUAGCUUCUAAUCCGCAACUAGCUAGCCUGCACACUCCUGGCCAGCCAUACUUUUGCACUCAAAACCCACAAACCAUGGCUAGUCACCCUCAAAAUAAUGCCACUAUACCUAUGACACCAGCUUCCUCUUCUCCAACAACUCCUGCCGCAAUCGAUUUGACUGUCAAUGAUUCCUCCAGUCUAGCAGCAAAACAACCCGAAAAGUCGGGCGUCCGUUAUUCCUGCUCACCAGAACCCCCAGCAGCUCAAAAGGAACUUAUUAGCUCAAUGCGUAAAAAGGAAUACCGCUGGCUAGGAAACAACAAUCAUAUGCACCAGCGCUUCACGAAUUCUUUAACCGCUCCACUUCCACAGCAACCCUACGGUCUAUCGAACCCGGUUCCUACCUCAAUGGCCACGAAGCCUAAAGUCAACAAAAAGCACGGGGCCAACAAUGAAGCUGUCACGCACCAAAAUAGAGGGCCUUUUUUACCCCAUCCUAACAACUCUCCGCCGAUUUCAGCAACUACCAGGUGCAACAUUGAAGGCAACAAGAAUGACGAAAGCAACGAGCCUACACAGACCAAAGGAAUUUACAACCCCGGCCCUAGAGGAUUGAGCGUGCAAGGAGCAAAUAUUGUAUCGGAAGUCAAUUGCACCGACGUCACUCCUGUGGAUAUGAAUGACGAUGACGAAUUUGCAAGAAUGUUAGAGCAGGACCUUGAAGCUUCAGUGUGA